AUGAUUCCCCCAGACCUGCAGGGGGCGCUGUGGCGCCAGCUUGGCUGUGUCUCUCUCUCUCUCUCUAUGAGCCGCCACGCAGCGGAGCGGUGGCCACAGCAGCGAGUGACAGCCAGCCUGGAUGGCCGGGGACAUGGGGAUGGCCGGGAAGCCCAGACCCUCGGCCUCGCUGGUGCCCAGACCACCCAGCUCCUGGUGGAGCCCCCCUGGACACCGGCAGUGCUGUGGGACCGGGUGACACUGACCUGCCAGGGCUUGGGGACCGCCAGUGCCACCACCUGGUACAAGGAUGGGCAGCGGUGGAGGCAGAAGGGACCCGACCGCCUCAUUGUCACCGAGAGUGGCACCUACACAUGUGACAGACCCAGCAGUGGGCUCAGUCCCCCAAUGACAGUCUUAGAUGCACCGUUGGUGCUGCAGGUGCCAGCACGGCCACUGCUGGAGGGGGACACAGUGACACUGCGCUGCCGGCGCUGGAGGGACACGUCGGUCACCACGGUGAGAUUCUACCGUGGGGACGAGGAGGUGAGGGAGUCCCUCAGCGGGACCGAGCUGUCCCUGUCCCCUCUGCAGCUGCACCACAGCGGCCGCUAUCGCUGCAAGGGCUGGGUGAACUCCAAGGUGUCACGGGGGUGGCAGGAGUCGGCGCCGGUGACAGUGACAGUGCACGAGCUCUUCACGGUGCCGGUGCUGGAGGGUCCCGCCGAGCCCAUCGAGGGGUCCCCCCUCAAUCUCAGCUGCCUCAGCAGCCCCAGCCCCCUGCGGCCCCGAGCCCCCCUCCUGCACCUCUUCUACCGGGACGGGCAGUGCGUGGGGGGCCCGCAGGGGUCGCCGCAGCUCCUGGUGCCCGCCGUGGGGGUCUCCCACUCGGGGAAUUACAGCUGCCAGGUGCGCUCCGAGGGGGGGGCCGUGCGGAAGAGCAGCGCUCGGCUCGGCGUCACGGUGCGCAGGGUCCCGCUCUCGGGGGUGUCCCUGUCAGCACAGCCCCCCGGGGGACAGGUGGCACUGGGGGACCGCCUGGUGCUGAGCUGCGUGGUGGCCACAGGGACCGGUCCCCUGUCCUUCACCUGGCACCGGGGGGGCUCGGGGGCACCGCUGGGCACCGGCCCCCACCUGGAGCUGAGCCACGCUGGGGACAAUGACAGCGGCCACUAUCACUGCCGGGUCAGCAAUGGGGACAGUGUGGCCGAGAGUGUCCCCCUGAAUGUCACCGUCCUGGUGCCUGUGGCCAAUGCCACCAUCACUCCCGGUCCCCUGUCACACCAGGUGCACACAGGUGACCCCGUGACCCUGCGCUGCUCGGUGCAGGUGGGCUCAGCCCCUGUCACCUUCACCUGGCUGCACAACGGGCAGGAGGUGGCCCGGGGUCCCUUCCUGGAGCUUGGGGACGUCGAUGUGGGACAUUCGGGCACCUACCAGUGCGUGGCCACCAACCAGCUGGGACAGGACGGGCACCAGGCACUCAGCCCUGAGCUGGCCCUGGAGGUGACCCCUGCCUCACCCUGGGUCGCAGCAGUGGCUGCAGGGGUCAGCGGGUCCCUCCUGUUCGUGGUCCUGGUCGUGGCUGUCAUCAGGGGCUGGCACCGGUGGAACAAUGCGGGUGGGUACCCUGAGGACCCCUCACCCCCGGGUUUCCCAGAGGAGGGGGAGGUGCUGUACGCCCACAUCGUGGCCACCGAGCGGGCAGGGGGGCCACCCCGUGCCACAGCCCCCCAGGUGACCUACGCGGAGCUGCCGGGACCCCACGGGCGACAGCGGGACCCCAGUGACAUCUGCGAGAACGUGCUGUGACACUGGGGGCACUGCAGGCCCCUGCCCGAGGGCACCCCCCGUGUGGGUUUCCCUCUCCCCGGCUCCCGUGGGUGCCCACGAGUGGGGUCCCAUGUGGGA